AUGGAAGAGACCAAACCUCUCUUCACCUCUGCGAUCAUGAGCGAGGUGAUGCCACAGAGGUUCCGGAUACCUCCCGUCAUCCAAUACUCUGGGUCCAGCGACCCGUCUGAGCAUAUAGAGGCAUAUCGCUCGUGGAUGCAAAUCCAAACAGCAAUAAACGCGAUGAUGUGCAGGGGAUUUUCAAUCACACUCACCGGAUCCGCUCGGAGUUGGUACCGUCAACUCAAACCCAACUCCAUCGAUUCCUUUGCAAAACUCAGCAAAUUAUUCCUUACCCAAUUCAUAAGUGGUAAGAAGAGCAGGAAGUCGAAUACCCAUUUGUUCACCAUUAAGCAAUGUCCUAAAGAAUCACUGAAGGAUUACAUCGCUCAUUUCAAUGAAGAAGCAUUGCAGGUGGAAGACUAUGACGACAAAAUGGUGCUCUCUACUGUGUUUAGUGGUUUGAGAGAGGGAAAGUUCACCUUCUCCAUUAGAAAGAAUCCACCAAAGACGUUAGCUGAGCUUGUCACCAGGGCUUACAAAUACACUAACACCGAGGAAUUCUCCAAUAUCCGCAAAAAUGUCCAAGUAGCGGAGUUGACGAGCAAGGGGAAGAGGUCGAGGUACGAAGAGCCCUCAUCGGCAAAUAAAAAACCAGACGACCACGCUCUUCGAGAUCGUUGUCCGAGCAGGAAAUCUGAGGAAAAAUUCCAUUCCUACACUCCCCUCAACACAUCUACUGAACAAAUACUACUGGACAUCAAAGGACAGAAGCUCUUGAAUUGGCCUGUUUGCAUGAAAGCGGACCCAGAUCAUCAAGACAAGCGCAAGUAUUUUUGUUUCCACCGUGAUCAUGACCACAACACGGCUGACUGCGUGGAUUUCAAAGAUGAGUUGAGACUCUUAUCUGUAAAGGUCAUCUGCGUCGAUAUACCAAGGAAGAGAGAACAGCUUGAAGAGAAAAACGAGAGCAGCCAAGCAAUCCUGCGGAAGAACCGGCUGAAAUUCGUACCAUCUUUGGUAGUUCAUCUGGUGGAGGAGUUUGAAACAGGGCCCAUAAGGCUCAUUCCCGGAAGUCUGAUUUGGAACUCUACAUCCACUUGA